AUGAGGAGAUUUAGAGCUGUGGUGGUCACAAUGAUGAUGUUGUCCUCAUCUUUGUGGGGCUAUGAGGAUUCCUGGGUCAGGUCCUUUGCUCGAUUUCUGCUGAGGUUCCUAGGAUUUGUCUUCUGGGGCAUUGCUGCAGUUCUGGCCUUUGGUGGAGUUUCUGUGAUCCUUAUGUACAAGAACUACGGAUAUUUAUUUCAGGACUCUUUCCUGUCUCUCCCUGGCUGGCUGGCUGUUGCAGCUGCACUUAUCUUGCUACCUACUGGAGUUUUGGCUAUGUCUAUUUCUGCUAAGGGCUCCCGCUAUCAGCAAGGGGCUCUUAUGUACUUGCUCCUGGUCCUUCUUUGCCUACAAACGUCUUCAGCAGUUCUGGCAGAGUUCUACUCUAUUCGGAUGGCUUCUGAGCUGAAAAGCACUGUGGGUUACCUUGUCUAUCAGUACAAUGGGACACACUCCCAGGAUCCAGGAAGCAGAGCUGUGGAUACAGUACAGAGGAAGCUGCAGUGUUGUGGGAUCCAAAACUACACAGACUGGCUAAAUGCUUCUUGGCAUCUUCAGGCUGAAAAAGCUCAUGUCCCUGAAAGCUGCUGUAAGGAGAAGUAUUCUCACUGCAGGGGUGACUUAGGCCAUCUGGAGCAGCUUUCUCAGGAAGGCUGUCUAAAGAAGCUGCAAGACCAGUUGCAUUUUGUCAUGUUCUAUGUGUUUUUGUGCUGUACUGUGCUAAGUGUCUUAGAACUGUUAGUUGGUGUCACCAAUGGCAUCCUCAUGAGACAUCAGCCUUUCCAUGACCUCCAAAUCCUGGAGUCGUCUACCUUCUCAUAG